CUGACAUCAACGAUAAAGUAACUUCGGAACUUCAAGCGCUAAAAGCUUCCAAAGUUAUUCGUGACUGGAGAUCGAAAGUGCUAGGAGGAGGACGAAUAAGCCAUGAUCCGGAAAGUAAACAAAUUAAAGUAUACGGAUAUUCACAGGGUUAUGGUAAAGCAGAUCACCAAGUAUCAGUGGAUAUUUUAAAGAAAACUUAUCCGGAUUAUGAAAUCAACUUUUCGGAUGAAGGUUACUAAAUUAUCAGUAUAUUGUAGUAUUGUAGUUUUUUCAGAUGAAUAAAACUGUCAUUGAAUUGUGAACGGCUACAAAUAAAUGCAUAUAUCAUUUA